AUGUUAAGAGCUUCUAGAAUACCAUUAACCAGAUUAUCCCAAUAUACCUCAUCAUCAUCAUCCUCAAUCAUAAAAUCAUCUUCAAUCAUACCUACCAUCUCUCCUAUAAUAUCUAAAUCAUUCUCAUCAAUCUCAAAAUUAAAUGCUAGUCAUGAACCUGAAGGUCCAAAACCUUUUCAUAAUGCCUUAGGUAAACCAAAUCAAAGAUAUUCAGAUGAACCAGGUGUGUUUGGAUCCACCACUUUCUCCGAAGUUUUCGAUGAAGUCGAUAUGGUUUGGAAUAAAGAUGAUGAUCCAAAGAAAGUUGAAAAACAAAAUUCAAAAAUUAGACAUUUCACCAUUAAUUUCGGUCCUCAACAUCCAGCCGCUCAUGGAGUGUUAAGAUUAAUUCUUGAAUUACAUGGGGAAGAAAUCGUUAGAGCUGAUCCUCAUGUUGGUUUGUUACAUCGUGGUACGGAAAAAUUAAUUGAAAUUAAAACUUAUAUUCAAGCUUUACCUUAUUUUGAUAGAUUGGAUUAUGUUAGUAUGAUGACCAAUGAAUUAGUAUUUGCAUUAGCAGUUGAAAAACUAUUAAACAUUGAAGUUCCAUUAAGAGCCAAAUAUAUUAGAACUUUAUUUGGUGAAAUCACUCGUGUUUUAAAUCAUUGUAUGUCAGUGUUAUCUCAUAUUAUGGAUGUUGGUGGUUUAACUCCUUUCCUUUGGGGAUUUGAAGAACGUGAAAAAUUAAUGGAAUUUUAUGAACGUGUUUCUGGGGCAAGAUUACAUAGUGCUUAUGUUAGACCAGGUGGGGUUAGUCAAGAUUUACCAGUUGGUUUAUUAGAUGAUAUUUAUAUGUGGGCUACUCAAUUUGGUGAUAGAAUUGAUGAGACUGAAGAAUUAGUUACUGAUAAUCGUAUUUGGAAAGAUAGAACCAUUGGUGUUGGUAUUGUUACCGCUGAAGAUGCUUUAAAUUAUUCUCUUUCAGGAGUCAUGUUAAGAGGUUCCGGUAUUCCAUUUGAUAUUAGAAAAUCUCAACCUUAUGAUGCUUAUGAUUUAGUUGAUUUUGAUAUUGCUGUUGGUUUAAAUGGUGAUUGUUAUGAUCGUUAUUUAAUUAGAAUGGCUGAAUUUAGACAAUCUUUAAGAAUUAUAUUCCAAUGUAUUAAUGAUAUACCUGAAGGUCCAACCAAAGUUGAAGAUUAUAAAAUCAGUCCUCCAUCAAGAUCUUUAAUGAAAGAAGAUAUGGAAGCUUUAAUUCAUCAUUUCUUAUUAUUCACCAAAGGUUAUGCUGUACCACAAGGUGAAACUUAUACUUGUAUCGAAGCUCCAAAAGGGGAAAUGGGAGUAUAUGUUGUAAGUGAUGGUUCUGAAAGACCUUAUAGAUGUAAAAUUAGAGCACCAGGUUUUGCUCAUUUAGGUGCAUUUGAUCAUAUUUCAAGAGGUAAUUUAUUAGCUGAUGCUGUGGCUAUUAUUGGUACUAUGGAUUUAGUGUUUGGUGAAGUUGAUCGUUAG